AUGCCAAGAAAACGUAAAAACCGGAAAAGGAAGCACGGUAGGCAUCGCAAAGGUGCAAGUACUAUUGAUCAGUCGCGACAUAAGGAUACUAUGCAUAAAGCUGCAGCUCUGCGUCAAAAACGUGAAUAUCUGGGCAAAGCCUUUUGGGAUUCUUUCGAUUCAGGAUACGAGGAACCUUUAAUUUACGACUCUAUGGAUAUGGUGAACGUGGAAUCGAAUACGGACGGUAUACGAGUGGUUAAGAAAGAGGAAAAGCUCAAAGACAAGGAUGAUAAGAAUGCUCGAUCUUGGAAAGAAAAGACGACAAACGAUUUGAAAAAAUAUAACAUAGAAGAUCAGAAAGGGAGUAUUAAAAUUGAAGGAGAUACAUCAAAAUCUCUUGCUAACGUCCAGUUUCGAGAACGAAAGGAUUCUAUCGAAGAAGACAAAGGCUUGAUGGAAGAAGAAGAACCGAUAACAGGCAAGGAUCAACUAGAAGAUGAAAUAUUGUUGCUCAAUAAGCGACAAGCUUGGAAAAUGAAAAACGAACAACAACUGGAAGAAGUUGCUUUCGGUGAAGAUAUGAGGAAAUCAUCGAAAGACAAAGAGCUGUACGAAAAAUUGACCGAGAUCGAUAAGAAAAUAAACGACGUGGAUAAGACGGAAAGGAAAAAUUGCAGUGUUAAGGAUUACACGACGAAUAAUCCAAACAGCUGUAAUUUAUCAAACGAGGACAAGCUGAGGAUGCUCGAAGAGAAGAUAAAUGUUUAUGCGGAUAAUGAGCGAGAGGAGAAAGCGAGAGGUAAAAAGUGA